AUGACGGAUUCGUCUCGCCGCCUCAGGGGAGCAGGAUCGUUCAGGAGGUCUGUUUCUGGUCCGGUCGCAAGCAUCGAAGUUGGGGAUGGCCUGCAUGUCCAGGAGUUCUUUGCUCAUAAGUCGCUUCUUUGCGACUGCUCUCAGUACUUCAAGGCAGCCUUAGAUGGCCACUUCGCUGAAGGACAGAAGCAAAAGAUCGUCCUGGACGAUGAAGAUCCUGUCAUCUUUGGGACCUUCGUCGCUUGGCUGUAUCAAGGGCAGCUCGACUCUCAGGGUGUUGAAGCGGCUCUUGAUGGGUCGGAGCGCUUCGACUACCACAUCGCGAAGUUAAUUGUCUUCGCUGACAAACGGAGCAUCACUGAGCUCGAAAACGAUGCGAUAACAAUGCUCUUGAGCUUUUCACACCGAGCUGGGCCGGUAGAGCGCAGGGUCGUUGAGUGUAUCUACGAGAUACCACACGUAUUGCAGAUCAGCAACCUUCUGUGUGUCCUGGCAAGUGAAGAGGUCCACUUUCGACAAAGCUCGAGAAUGGGAAAUAUGACGUGUUACCCUCCAGAGUACCUGGCUAUCAUGGUUAGGAUACUUCUGGAGCCUGUCGAGUCUCGCAUUCACCGGUCCCUCAAAUUCUUCAUUGAUGACCUGGCGUCUUUCUGCAACGCCUACCACACCCACCAAGAGUCCUCAAAAGUCUGCUCUUCUCUGACUGACAACGCCUACGUACCUUACGUACCGCCAGAAACUCAACGACCCUCAACAAAGAGACCUAGAAUCUUGGCCGCGGGCCUAACAACUGUCAUCAACAUCUCAGACGAUCGAGAAGGCGAACAUCGAUAA